GCUGCCUACAGAGAGGAGCUCAAACCCCAGAUGACUCCUAUAUUGAUCAUUUAAUCUGUCCCUGUAUACAGUAAUGUGAGAAGGUCACUUAAAAUGAUGGGUAAGGUGUUUUAAAAUAAAACUAACAAAGAUUAAGCUUCUGUUUGUAGAAUAUUUGUGUAUAUUUCUGUAUAUAAAGAACAGAAUCUGAUGACUAAAUCUAUUGGUAUAAAGCUGCUGAUCUCAUUCACUCUUAAAAAAAAUUAUUUCAUGUUUGGGUUAAAUAUGGACAUUUUAUUGGUUGAUUUAAACCAACUAUUGGGUUUGUCCAUUAUGUCUAUGGUUCAAAACUAAAUAUUGAAAUAUUGUAAGUAGGUUACCCCUAUAGUUUUGGCAGGAUUUUAUAUUUUUAUAUUUAUAGUUGACUUUAAUUAUGACUUUAUAUGUAAUAGAUUAAUCCAGGGGAGUAACAUCCAACCAAAACAUUUUGAUAAAUCUGACAAUUUGAUUUGACAAUUUGAUGGCACCUAUCAGCCAUGUUAUGAGAAUUCCCUUCAGGCAACGUGAGGAUUUCAAAACGACCAUUUAGUAGUUGGUUUUCUGUUUAAGCUCUCUGUGUCUAUUAAUAGAUGGUUAAUGAAAACCAUUCAAAGGAGAGCACCUGUGGGCACGCUUGUUUGCUCUGCGCUAAUUACUCUGAAAAGGCUCCACCUUUGGGGCUUCCAGAGCAAUUUCUGCAGAAAUAAUGACUAAACCCGAAGCUGCAUCUUGGGUCACAUGAAUUGGCGGACAUUUGUCUUUUAGUUAAUGAGGAACUGCCAUUGAAAUGAUCAGUCGUUGCUCGAGGCAAAAGUUGUUCAGAUGGAACCGCCGCUCAUAAUGGGUUAUAUGUAUAUAGCAACUAAAUGAAGGUCACUUGUUGGAAAUUUUUGUGAUUGAGGCGACUAUACUGUCUGCUUCCAACCAUUUCGGCGUAUAUAAUCUUAAUAUUCUCAAAUAUUUAAGAAUCUUGGUUCAUGACAUUUUACUAGUAAUGCAAAUUCAAUUCAAUAAUAUAAAAUUAAACGCAAAUGCUAACUUGCUUAAGUUGCCUGUGUCUCAGAUAUUUCUCUGGAAGAAAAAGACCACGAAAUCUCACAAAUGUCUAUCACUAACUGAGCUCAGAUUUGCAAUCGAUAUUUUGUCAAUAUUUUUGAAGAUUUCAAUUUGACAUUUCUCAGCAAAUUUACCUGAAUCAGAUUUGUUUUCCACAUUAAUUUUACAGUUCCUCACUCCUAUUGUAUUUUAACAAUUUGCUGCUGUCCUUCUGAAACCUCAUAUCUCAUAUCUUUUUGCCAUGAAUCAUUAUUAUUAUACCCUUUAUGUUUGUCACUAGGUUUUGCAAGUAUCUAACCAAUAAAAACUAUUAAAAAGUGCUUGUCAACUUUGGCAACACAGUAUUUGUUUCAUUUAAAAAGUACAGUGUGUUUUCCAUUUCCUGGAAAACAGCAAAAUUGGACAUCCGAGGUUUUGGAAGGACAGCGACAAAUUGUCUUUUUUUUCCCCUAAGCAAUUUUAGGCAAAACAUCUGAGACAUCUUGAUACAUAAACACAGCACAACAGAAAAAAUCUAAUUAAUUCAGAUGUCAAUUCUACAGACUGCAGUCGACCUUGAAACCUGUGUCAAGGAUAUCUUGCCAAAGAUCUUUGUCAUUACAUGUUCUCAUGAUGUUUACAAGCCCCAGUACAAGCUCAAGGCCCUACAGCAACAAUUAAAAGUUAAUGACCCGUAAAAAAGCUCCUGAAUUUGUUCUCAGACUACUUAAACAUUCAAAUGUGGUUCCUUCCGGCUCAGGUAUAAUAUAACCCUUGGUACCUCCUGCUGCUUUUACUCAGUUAAUAUAUUUAUGGUGGAGAUACCACAGGCCAAUGAAGGGAUGAAUCUGACAACAACCAGAAGCCAAUUCCCAGUGUCUUCACUGAGCAACGGAGACCACCGUAAAUUCAGUUUGGGAGGAUGUAGCAGUUACGAUACAGACAGCAUCGUUUCCAGCAGCUCUGGGGUCUUUUCUGGAUAUGACACGUUGGAUGCCCCACCGAAUUAUGACUUCUAUACCAAUACUGAAGUUUUUGGAAGAGCAAAGAAAUCAAGACCUUCUCUCUUUCAGCUUCACUCCAACCCUCAGGAUGACCCCUCUCCACCUCCGCUAUAUGAGGAGAACAGUGAGGACAAGCAGAGUCCAGAGGAAGAUGAACCCGCAGAACCUCCACCUGAACCAACUCGCUUUGGUUGGGCUCAGGGAGUCAUGAUCCGCUGUAUGCUGAAUAUCUGGGGAGUUAUUCUGUAUCUGAGGCUUCCUUGGAUCACAGCUCAAGCAGGGAUUGGUCUGACAUGGGUUAUAAUCCUGGUUUCCUCCUCUAUAACCGGCAUCACUGGACUGUCCACAUCAGCUAUUGCCACUAAUGGCAAAGUUAAAGGAGGUGGAACAUAUUUUCUUAUCUCUCGUAGCUUGGGCCCAGAGCUCGGUGGCUCAAUCGGGCUUAUAUUCGCGUUUGCCAAUGCUGUUGCCGUGGCCAUGCACACCGUGGGCUUUGCUGAAACAGUCCAGGCUCUCAUGCAGGAGAGUGAAGUUAGCAUGGUAGACCGGCUGAAUGAUAUCCGCAUCAUCGGUGUGAUUACUGUCACCUGUCUGCUGGCCAUCUCAAUGGCUGGAAUGGAAUGGGAAUCCAAGGCCCAAGUCAUGUUCUUCUUCAUCAUUAUGAUCUCGUUUGCCAGUUACAUAGUGGGUACCAUCACCCCAUCAACUCCAGAGAAGGAAUCCAAAGGAUUUUUCAGCUACAGAGCUGAUAUUUUUGCGACAAACUUUGUGCCCGGCUGGCGUGGUCUGGAGGGCAGUUUCUUUGGCAUGUUUUCCAUCUUCUUCCCCUCAGCUACAGGCAUCCUUGCGGGGGCCAACAUCUCUGGAGAUCUCAAGGAACCCAAUGUUGCUAUACCCCGUGGUACAAUGCUGGCUAUUUUUUGGACCACUAUAUCCUACCUCAUUAUUUCAGCUACUAUUGGCUCCUGUGUAGUGCGAGAUGCCUCUGGUUUAAAUGAAUCCUUCAUUCCGACUGUGCUUCAAGGGGAAUGCUUGGGAGUGGCCUGCAACUAUAACUGGGACUUCACUGAAUGCAUCGCCAACAAGACCUGCCCUUAUGGACUCAUUAAUAAUUACCAGACUAUGAGCUUGGUGUCUGCAUGUGCUCCUCUCAUCACUGCUGGCAUUUUCGGAGCCACACUUUCAUCAGCUUUGGCUUGCUUGGUGUCCGCCCCCAAAGUUUUCCAGUGCCUCUGCAAGGACAACCUGUAUCCAGGCAUUGGAUUUUUCGGCAAAGGUUAUGGAAAGAAUAACGAACCAUUGAGAAGCUACCUGCUAGCAUAUGUCAUUGCUAUAUGCUUCAUCCUUAUUGCUGAGCUGAACACCAUUGCUCCCAUCAUUUCCAACUUUUUCCUCUGCUCUUACGCCCUUAUCAACUUUAGUUGCUUCCAUGCCUCCAUCACUAACUCACCAGGAUGGCGUCCAACGUUUCGAUUCUACAGCAAGUGGUUGUCUUUGCUAGGAGCAGUGGUUUCUGUGAUUAUCAUGUUUCUGUUAACCUGGUGGGCCGCUCUUAUAGCCAUUGGCAUUGUCAUCUUUCUGCUAGGAUAUGUGCUAUAUAAGAAGCCCUCUGUCAAUUGGGGCUCAUCAGUGCAAGCCAGCACAUACAACAUGGCGCUAUCUCACUGUAUAGGUCUUAACCAGGUGGAAGACCAUAUUAAAAAUUACAGGCCACAGUGUCUGGUUCUCAGCGGGCCGCCCUGCAUGAGGCCUUCCAUGGUGGAUUUCAUCAGCACCUUCACCAAGAACCAGAGUCUGAUGAUAUGUGCGAAUGUCAUCAUGGGAGGACCCACAACAGAUGCUGUGGACUCGGCCAACACCUCAAUUCAUUUAAACUGGCUAAACAAGCGACGUAUAAAGUCGUUCUACCACACUGUAGUGGCCGAUGACUGUCGCUCUGGCGUGCAGAUGUUACUGCAGAGUACGGGUUUGGGUCGGAUGAGACCUAAUGUUCUUGUGAUGGGAUAUAAAAGGAACUGGCGUAAAGCUCAACCAAGCAACAUCGAUAACUAUAUUGGAAUUUUGCACGAUGCAUUUGUCUCUCAAUACGGUGUAUGUAUUCUUCGGAUGAAAGAGGGUCUUGACAUAAGUCGAACGAUGCAGGCACAUGUAAAUCUAGGGUUUGAGACAUCCACUGAAAAAGGAAUUGGCACGAGAAGCCCCACUGACACAACAACAACACCCACAAUUGAAACAUCAUUGGACCCUGAAACACUUAUGGCCAUGUCCCAGCCUGCCACUGUGUUUCAGUCUAGGCAAGGAAAGAAGACCAUUGAUGUGUACUGGGUUUCUGAUGAUGGGGGUCUGACUCUUCUGCUGCCUUAUCUCCUGACCCGUAAAAAGCGCUGGGCCAGAUGCAAAGUGAGGGUGUUUGUGGGAGGUGAUGUUCAACAGAUUGAGGAACAGAAACAAGAGCUCAAGGGUCUGAUCAGCAGGUUUCGUCUGGGUUUCCAGGAUAUUCAAGUCCUUCCUGACAUCAAUGGAAAACCACAGUCUGAGAACAUAAAGAGAUUUGAAGAUCUUAUAGCUCCUUAUAGAGUAAGCACAGUCCAAAAGAAUGAUCAAGCUGCUGAUGAGACAACAAAGGAUUAUCCCUGGAUGGUGUCUGAUUAUGAGGUGGAAAAGUUCAAAGCUAAGUCCCUUCGACAGAUCCGUCUGAGUGAAGUUAUUCAGGACUACUCAAGAGAUGCUGCGUUGAUUGUUGUAACCAUGCCUGUGGGGAGAAGAGGUGCGUGUCCUAGUGCCCUUUACAUGGCUUGGCUAGAGAGUGUGUCACGUGACCUUCGACCUCCGGUUCUCCUUGUGCGAGGCAAUCAGGAGAAUGUGCUGACACUGUAUUGCCAAUAAACGGCAUCUUUUCCUGACAGAACUGUUCACAGACCUACAUCCAAUGGAAAGAAAAUCAACUAUUUGUAAUUGGCUUGUCAAAGUUAUGACAUUUGUAUUCUUUAAUGUUGUGUUUAAUACUUGUGCUGUUGUUUGCAAGGUUUGUCCAUAUUGGAAACCUGUUAACUUGCUAUUGAAAAUGUUAAAUGUCAUAUAAGGUAAUAGUUUUUGCUGCUUAUGAUCUUAUGCACUUUCUUCAUAAACAAACAUAAGUCUGUAUUCACGCAGUUUCCACUUAAAGGCACAGAUUAAGUGUAGUAAUUAAUUUACAAUUCUAUCUGUUAAUUCAAAAGCUAAACAAUUUGCUUAUUUUAAUGACAACUUAAAAAUUAUAAAUUAUAUUUAAUAAAGGACUAGUUACGU